AUGAAAACGACGCCGUCUGGCAGUGAAUAUCACCUGAACGGGAUGAACACUUUGAUUAGAUCUCGAAGUGGAAAUCAACAUACGGCGGAAUUUGAGCAUUUUAAGGAUUUUACUAUAGCCUCUGCAUGGGAAAGGUUUAUAUCGGAAAUAGAGGCUGUUUGUCGACAAUGGCUUGCUGAUGGCGCCAAGAAUUUGGUGGAAAAAAGUGCGAUUUGUUUGGAUGCCGCGAAGAGCAUUUACAAGGUCAGGUCAGAGUUGAAAUACUCUACGAAGAACUACAUCAUGGACUACUAUUUUGAACCUAGCAGUCAGGGUAGAGGUGCGGACUGGAUUACACCAUCUCAUGAUCUGCAGCAGUCUUUUGGAGUGAAAGACUUUUUGGUGAUUGCACCUCAAAGUGCUAGUGGUGUAGUUCUUGAUGCACCGGAAGCGAGCAAGCUAUUAAGUGCUGUAGCAAUAGCUUUGUCUAACUGUGCCAGCUUGUGGCCAGCAUUUGUUCCAGUACAUGAUCCCUCCCGCAGAGCUUACAUUGGAAUUCAGAAUAUGGGAACUAUUUUUACUCGAAGGUUCGAGGCUGACCGCAUAGGUAGCCAGGUCCCUAUAAAACUUAUGCAUCUUGAGGGACUGUAUGAGCUCUUUGUAUCUAAAUUUGCAUAUUCAACUGUGGACUUGUCAAUGCAUCUUUUUGAAGUCCAUUUUAAGAUGAAGUUGACAUACAGAACGCUUCCUACUGAUGAUGACGAUGAAGUGGAGCGAAAUGCUGAAUUCCAGGGCACUGGUGAGCAACCAGAGGUUGACACUAAUAAAAAAGUACAGUGGGAUUAUGUUUGUCCUUGGAGUGAGUGGUAUUCAGCAGAAGAUCCAGCCAAAGGACUGGAGCUGAUUACCGUAUGGUCAGAGAGAAGCAUUCUCAGUUCUCUAGACAUGGCCGAACUGGAAAAUGCUUCGCCGUUUGAUGCUGAAAAAUGGUUGAUGAGUCCAAAUAUUUCUCUAAACCUAGAGAUUUUGGAUAAAAGCAUGGUAGGAUUUGCUUCACAAUUGCACCUACUGGUUAAUGCACUGGAUUCAUCAUUGGAGGCUCAAUAUGUUGAGGAUUUUGUUUCAGUUGAAAACUCUGGAUCCGAAAAUGUGAAUUCCUCAGCAGUCAUUCCACCACCUACCGUUCUUGAUCGUGUGCUAAAAGAGCUCCUUCAUGAUGAUACAAAACUUAAUUUCGUCAAUGGAGAGACUAACAAUUCCCAAGCCAUUAAAGGAGCCCCUCUCAACUCACUUUUUGCGCAAUUUUGUCUGCAUGCGCUUUGGUUUGGAAACUGCAACAUACGUGCUAUUGCAGUAUUAUGGAUCGAGUUUGUUCAUGAAAUCCGUUGGUACUGGGAAGAGCUGCAACCUUUGCCCCGAAUGCCUACAAAUGGAACAAUUGACCUCUCUACGUGUUUGAUUCACCAAAAGCUACAGAUGUUUGCAUUAUGCAUUGAGAAGCUGCGUCAAGAGAAACAAGAGCAAGAUGGUGGUGCAAAGACAGAUGAUGAUGAUGAUUCUGUUGAGAACAGCAGUCAGAGUUUUAGUGAUGCAUCUCCUUCGCUUGAAGUGUAUGAUGAUUCAUUUGCAGAAUAUGACAGUAAAAAACCUUCAGACAAUCUGCUAAGAUCUUCAGUUGCUACCAGUAAGUCCAAUUCCAACCAACAGAAUCUUGCAGGGGCCACUGAUCCUAGUCCUUCUGAACCCACAAGGAAGGGAUCAGCUGGGGUGGUUGGGUCCAUGAUGCUCUUGAAAUCACAGCAGCAGAUGCAUGCUCCUCUGACCCAGAACCUACCACUUAUGACUGAAGAUAUGCAUGAAGAACGACUCCAAGCAGUUGAAGCCCUGGGAGAUUCAUUUAGCUUUUCCGCUCAAUUGGAGAAAGAAACCUUGUCGUCAGACAUGUCAGCUUUCAAAGCUGCAAAUCCUGAUGCAGUGUUUGAAGAUUUCAUCAGAUGGCAUUCGCCUAGAGAUUGGGAAAAUGAUGAUAGUGGGGAACCGGGAGUGUCUCAAGCUGAUGCAAAUAAAUUUGCAAACACUAAGUGGCCUCCUAGGGGAAGGCUGUCAAAGAGAAUGUCUGACAAUGGAAAUUCAUGGAGAAAAAUUUGGAAUGAUGCCCCUGCAGUCCCAGUAUCUGAGCAGAAGCCACUGUUUGAUCCAAAGCGUGAAGGAGAAAAGGUUCUUCAUUAUCUGGAGACGGUGCGGCCACAUCUCUUGCUGGAACAAAUGGUCUGUACUGCUUUUAAAGCAGCAGCGGACACACUAAAUCAUACUGAUUUUGGGGGACUAAAGCUGAUGAAGUCCAGAAUGGAGCAACUUUAUGUCACCAUGGCUUCUGCCUUGAAAUUUUUGCAGAGAAAGAAGACCAUUGACAGUGAGCACAUUGAAGACCUGAAACGGUUGUGUGACAUCUUCAAAAGUGUUGAGCAGCUACUGAUUACAGCAGCUUCACUUCAUCUAAAGUUCUUACGGGCACCACGCCUCUCAGAAGAAAUAUUCAAUGACUUUUACAAAGUUUACCUUCCACGGAUGGGAACAGGUGCUGAGAACCGCGAAACGGACAUGGUGCCUUCAAAGAAGCAUCAAAUAUUGCCGCGUGAACGAGAAGUGGUUGCAGGCAUGUUUACUCCUCCAACUGCCAAUCAGUCUUGGAGGAAGGUAUUAAGCAUGGGAAAUCUCCUAAAUGGCCAUGAGCCAAUCCUAAGGGAGAUCAUCUUCUCCAAGCGUGAUCAUGUGAGUGGAAGCUACUAUGCGGGUAGCGAAGAUGGAGGACAUUUACAAGAAAUAGAAACGUAUAGGAUGUAUAUGUCCGGAACCUCGAAUGAUAUUAGCGUAGCCCUAGCUGUUGCAUCUUGCGAUUAA